AUGAUCCUCAACCUGAGUGUUCUCCAGCUCUUCUUCUUGCCGCCUGUGCUUCUGCUGGUAUCAGGCCUCGCGCUCUUCAACUUCCAGAAUGUAUUCCGCUUCCUCACUAUGAACCUCAAAAGCUACAUGACGAUCCCAGCCGUGCAAGCGUUCAAGCCCUACGCGGACAAGUUGCGCUACGGUCUGGAGCAAGUGUUGGGCAAGGCGUCGUCGUUCAAGUUUAAUGUGUCGCAUGUGCUCAUGAUGGCGGUGGUGAUCGUGUUGAUCGCCAUCUACGACGCCAUCCAGAGGAACAAUCAACUGCAAGAGCAGCAGCUCAAGCUGCGCCAGAAGAGCAAGCGCGCAUAG